CUGCCCACUGAUUGUUUGUUUCACUUCUCCUUUCAGCCUGUUUGUCUUCCUCUUGCAGUUGCACUGAGCAGCUUGUCACCGCUCACCUCUUGACACAAUAAUUACUCUUUUUAUGACAAGCUGUGGAAUUUUGCAGCUUUUAGCAGCUUUUGACACAGCUGCAGGAGGCGAGCUGCAGCUGUUUGGAACCCAUGGCUGAAUCUGAGAGCAGCACUAAUCAUCAAACUGUGGCACCACCAUCUGAACUUAAAAGAGAAAGGAUCAGAGAUCAUCAGACUGAGACCCAGUGUGAAAAUCCUGGUUGUUCCAGUUUGACCACAAAGGAACUGCAGCAGAACUGGAGGGCGGUCAAGCAGAGAGAUCGUCCCAUCAGGUUGCUGUUCGAAAUCCCAUCAGCUCGAAUUGUUAUUAACAUGCUGUCCAAAUACGUGGUAUAUGAGAUCGUGGUGAUGCGCUCCGGCAGCUUUGACUCCAAGCGUGUAUCUGUGGAACGCCGCUUCAGCGACUUUUCCCACUUCCACCAACUGCUGCUCGCUGAGUUCAACGAGGAAAUUGAGGAGGUGGUUCUCCCACCCAAACGCCUUACUGGUAAUUUCAAUCCGGAACACAUCUCGGAGCGACGCUUGGCUCUUCAGGACUACCUAGCUAAACUGUACGCAGUUCGCUGUGUGCGAUAUUCAUGUCAUUUCCCCAAAUUUUUCACUGAGCAAGAGCAGCGGCGGGCACACGUUUUGCUGCGCUCGGGGCAAUUCAAGCUGGCUCUGGAGCAGCUGCAGAACAUUCUAGAAAUUCAGGAGAAGCUUGCACCAUGGCAAAGUGCCACGUUCCUUGUGCCCACACUCUGCGCCCUCGCCGUAUGCUAUCGUGACCUGGAAGAACCGGAACAAGCUUUUGCUGUGGCACAAAGGGCUCUGCCGCCCGUCAGGCGCUACGCACUUAAAACCUACAGAGCGCCGCUGCUGGAGCUGCUGGUGGAUUUAGGCUACCAGCUGGGGCGUCCUGUGGCCCAGUUACAAGAAGAGCUGACUGUGGUGCGAGACGCUGAGAGGGGCGUGAUGGCGUCUCGGUCUCUGAAGGAGUUAGUGGUCCAAGAGUUCAUCUGAAGACACUGAUGCUGAAGCUGCUCACAACUUUACUCGACUUAUGUUCACUCACCACCCACUUCUGGGAGUUUCCACGUGCACAGUUUGCUUUCUGCUUCCUGCUCAUUGUCUCAUGGUCAAUGUCUGUCCUGUCCGUCCUACUUCUCUAAAACACUGUAUAUCAAAAAAACUAAACUUUUUUGAGAAGCGUAGUGUCCCAGACAAGUUCUAAAAAAAAGUCCAUGUUACAUUAGACUGUAAAGCAGCAGGUUUUAAUGUGAGACUGGUCAUCACUCAGAGACAGGUUUCUGCAAAAUGCUGAAUUGAACUGAGAGUGUCUCCCAAAAUUCAUGAAAUUGAAUUUGAAUUAAAUGAGAACUGAGGUUGCAAACAGGAAGUAGAAUUGAAAUUCCAAUUGAUGAUUUUGGUGUAUUCCAGAAUCAUGCUUUACAGUAUAUUCCAUACAUGACUAUUUUACAUAUUUCAUACAAAUAUUGUUACUAUGAACUUCAUGUGCACAUUAUAUUUUAAUUACAGCAAAUGUAUCUCAUUGACAACUAAGAAUAAAAGCAUCUAUAAUAAAAAACAGAUCAUUUCAUUUGAUUAUUAGAACUUUCAAAUUAUGGAAAAUGAAAAUAUACUUCUCUUCCUAGAAUACUUUAUCCAAUGCUAAGCCAUCUCAGGACAUUUGUUUGAAAGUUCCAAAGUUUGUGAUAAUGGAAACAUGGAAAAGGACAAUAGGCCUUAAAGGUCUGUACUAGCUCAUUUUGGUGAGCUAAUUCCCACCAGGAAACCACCGAGUCAUCUGCAAAUACUGCAAUACUCCAAUCUGUGGCUCCAUCAAGGCAACUUCAAAUUUCAAACGGCAUCUACAAGUUAAGAGAUUUGUUAUUUGACUUUUACUUUGAUAGCCAUGGUAUUGGUAUCAGUAUUGGGAUCAUAAUUCAAAAACUAAUGUAUUCAAAAAUGACACACUUCUUGAAAUAUGUACUGUAACUUAUUCUCUUAUGCAGCAGGACCUUCUCUCUCUCUAAAUAAGGCCCCAUUAAAAAAAUAAAUAAAUAAAACAGUUGACAUCAGAAAAAAGUGUUUUUUUUUUCUCAGAAACCUGAAAAACGACACAUACAGCACCUGCAUAUAAUAAAUCUGGUUUCCAUGUUGUCAGUGUGCUACAUGCUAGUAGUGUGAAAAACAUGCACACUGUGUGUGAGAGAGACGGAGCGACUGACCUUACCGAGCUGGGCCCGACUCGGUAAACUUUGGUCGUCUUCGGCCAAAGCAUACUUGCCAUCUAGCGGACAUGCCGGUUCUUGCACCAACUGUACUGCCAUCAGUGAAAUUCGUCAAAAUAAAAUGUACCAAAAAAAAGAAAUUGAUGCGGGCUGAUUUCAGCAUGCGGGCGGGGAUGAUUAUCUAAUUUUUUUUUAAUGGGCCCUAGUUGCCACACUACUUAAACCCACAUGAGCUUCUCACUAUCCUAAUUUUGAACCUUGUUACUCAACCUUAGGAUAUCUCUUGAAAGCAAAGCAUUCUUGUAGACAAGAAUCUGAGCACAGUUUUGUGGUUUACAAGUGUCCUAGAGGGAACUUCAAUUUCAAUUUAUUUUCAUUUAUAUAGCACCAAGUCACAACAGAGUUGCCUCAAGGCACUUCACACAAGUAAGGUCUAACCUUACCAACC